AUGUUAUCCGAUGAUUCGUCAUCUGUUGCCAAAUAUCAAUCUGAUCAACUUGAUGCAAUAAGUUUGACAACUGCUUCUUCUUCUAUUGUUAAUUAUCUAUCAGCUGCUCAUGGAUUUAAAAGUGAACGAGUUAUUCGCUUACUGAAAAAAGAUCCAUCGAAUCGUACAGUCAUCAAAAAUACAAGGCAUAAGUUAUGUUCAAUGUGUUGGCGACUUUUGGGUUUUCCAGGCAAGAAAUCCCAUAUAAAAGAAGAACAUGAACAAAUCCCAGGCUUUGCCAAUUGUCAAUCAUGUGUUCAGUCAUAUGCAUUUACAUCGAGUUAUCGUACACGAAUAUUCAACGUAGAUAGUUAUGCUCAAAAGUUAUCAUCUAGUACAAGAGAAAAAUUUUCGUCGGCGAGAGUAUCUAAAUUCACUUUAGUUGCUAAGUCUUUAAAUAAGUUUCCAACUAAUUCUCGAAGAUUUAAUGUAAAAUAUAACGAUGAUGAACAAGCAUUCAGUGAUUAUUUACAUCGAGAACCAUUACCAAAUUUGAUUAUUAAAAUAAUUGGUACAAAUAAUGAACAAACCCGAAAUUUACCUAGAGCAUCAAUUCAAAAUGCAUUGCAACAAUCCAUACGCACAAUAAUGGAAAAGACUAAUACUUGGCUUUUGAGUGGUACUAGAGCAAUGAUUGGUUUGGAAGAUUAUGACAAAGAACUAACUGAAAAUAAUGAACUUAAUCCAAAUAUUAUUACAUGUGAGCCAUUUGGAAAAUCACAACUUUUAAUGUAUCAUACUACAGCAGAUCGAUUCAUAGAUAAAAUUAUUAGUCAAAUGCAACAACUAGAAGCAUUUUCUCGAAUCCCUAUUGUCACUUUACUUAUGCAAGGUGAUACUUCCUCUGUAACAGAUAUCAUAGAAAAUAUUACUAAAUCCAUUCCAACUAUCAUUUUAAAAGGUACAGGAUUGAUUGCUAAUCAAUUAGCUGCUAUAUGUGAACAAACUGGAAGUGAAUUUAAAACUACUCGUUCAGAAUUAUCUACCGAACAAUUAUUAUCAGAACUAGAUUUCCGCACAUUUUCUCAUAUAAAGAAUAAUAAAAAUCGCCUUAUCUUUGUUUGUCAACCUGGUAGAGAUGAGCUUGAUGAAAGUAUCCUUCGGGCAAUUAGUUCUGCAAUACGAAUUAUUGAUAGCUCUCAUGCUCAUGUCAUAGAAUUGAGUUUUGCUAUACGAUUCAAUAGAAUUAAGUAUACACAAAAGCAUAUACUCAAUUAUAAUACCAUUAUUAACUGGACAAAUAACGAAUUAGAUAUAUGCCUUGAAAUUGCAAUCCUUUCAAAUGCUGUAUCAUUCGUUGAAUUAUUAUUUCAAUAUGGUGCAUCAUUACAACGUUUAGCUCUUAUUGGUAAUUUUGAUCUUUUCCAAAUAACAUCUGACAAAAAAAAAAGUUACGCGACUGAACUUCUCGUUGAAAGUAUUCCUGCUGUAACACAUCUUGAUCGAAAUAAACGAAUUAGAAUGUAUCUUCGUCUUGUAUUCUGUUGGGCUGUUGACAAUGAAUAUUUUGAUCUUGUUUUGAGUAUUUGUACUCGAUUAGAAGAUUCAAUCACUGCCAUGCUACUUGUUAGUCAAUGGUGUCAAUAUAAAGCAGAACAUGAUACUACAACAUCAGAUAAGUAUCGAAAAUAUCGCCGACAAUUUCAAGUGUAUGCUGCUGAUAUACUUGAUCUUUAUUAUGCCGACAAUGAAGAAGAGACAAUUGAAUUCUUAAAUGAAAAAUCAAUUUUAUAUCAAGAUCAAGAACCAUCAGUUCUAAUCGAUGAUCUUUGUUCCAAAGCAUUAGUAUCAACUAAAUGUAUACAAUCGUAUGCUAAUACAGUAUGGUAUGGAAAGCAAUUUCAUCGAAAUAAAAAUUUUUUAUGGGAUAUAUUGGUGUGUCUUGUAUGUCUUCUUCCAUUAGUGUUACUUAUUCCAUCGAUACGUAAUCGGGUUCUUCAAUGGGAUGAGAUUGAGAAGAUUGAAGAGCCAAAGCGUAACUUUCGAAGUAAAAUAAGAAAACUAUGUGAACCUUUUAAUCGAUUUUAUUAUGGAAAUGCAUGUGUUCGAUUCCGUUACAAUAUGGCUUCAUAUGCUGCUUUUCUGAUUUUAUUCAGUUAUACAAUUUUAUUUGAUUAUUUUCCAUUGAAUAUUUACAACGAGCAACGUUCAAAUAUUUAUGGUUUACCUAUUCCAUUAACCGAAUUGAUUUUACAUAUAUUUCUUUUAUCAAUAGCUGUAGAAGAGAUUCAACAAGUAAUUUUACAUGUUAAAUCAGUUUUAGUUAAAUCUCCUUUUUGGAAGAGAUUAGAUGGAAUGAAACGUCAUCGUAAUACAAUAUGGUCAUUUUAUAAUAAUGAUCCAUGGAAUGUAUUAGACUUGGUUGCUUUUACUUUUUGGUUGAUUGGUUUUAUUACACGUUUUAUUGUUAAAGAUUAUGUAUUUGCCAUAUCAAAAAUAUUUAUGAGUCUUGAUUUAUGUUUCUGGUAUAUACGAUGUUUACAUAUAUUUCUUGCAUCACAAGUCUUAGGACCAAAAUUAUUAAUGAUAUUUCAUACGAUGAAAGAUUUAGUAUUAUUUCUUCUUUUCAUCUUUAUUUUUCAUUUGGCAUAUACAAUAACAACAUAUUCAUUAAUAUCAACAUCAUCAAUGGUUAUAUGGGCAAAUUCAACAUAUUUUACAACAUUGCAAGGUGGAGGAAAUAUGACUAAUUUGGAAAAUUUACGAAAUAUUAUUGAAUGGGGUACAUGGAAAAUAUUUGGAAGUACUAGUUUAGAAACAAGUGCUUCAGUUGCUAUGAAAUAUUCCGCACAAAAUGAUGCAUAUGGUUUUGUUACUUUAAUAUUAACAAUAACUUUUAUAAUUAUUGCAUAUGUUCUUUUAUUAAAUAAUCUUAUUGCUUUGUUUAAUUUUACAAUUCAACGUGUUCAUGGUGAAUCACGUCAAGCAUGGUGCUAUCAUUUUUAUGUUGUUCUAAAAGAAUAUGAAGAAAAGCAAAUGUUUGUUCCACCGUUUAAUUUAUUUUUAUGGCCAAUAAAUUGUUUAAUCCGUAGAAAAUCUCAUGAUAAUAGAAAAAAAAGCCCUUUUGCUGAAAAUAAUCAUUAUGAUAUAGCACAUAUUCGAAGACGUCAACAAAGAAUAUCUGAAAAAUAUUGGAAAGACAAACAAAUCAGUGACAAUGGAUUUGCUAAUCAAAGAAUAUAUAUAUCUUGUCAAUGUAAAUGCUGUGGUCCUGAAACUGGUGAUACUUAUUCGACAUUUUUAUAA